UGAUCUAUGACUACCUACUUGGCAAAGCAACUAUAAAUAGUAAUCCAUUCCAUGAUUAUUGCAGCUUUUUGAUAAUCCACAAGAUGCAGCUCUUUCCGAUAUCGUUGGUAGUAAGCUGCCUGGUAUUUAGCUUUGUUCUUUCUUUGCCGCUUCCUGAAGAAGAAGCCAGUACCAGCGAAGAGACUGAGGCCACAACAGAAGCAGAAUCCGCAGCAGCAGACGAAACAACUGCGACAGGCGCAGAUGAUGCGGAGAGCGGCGGCAGUGAGAAGAAUAACGAAGGAGGAGAAACGAGUGCCCCGGAAGCGAAGGAGGAGGGUUCCGGUAAGGACGACCGCCUGGACACGUACAACAAGGUCAACGAACUGCUGGAUAAGGGCACCGGAGUGAACAAUGUGGAAAAUGGAUUCCUGCGGGCCUUCCUGGACAACAAUCUUCAGUCGCAUCUGAGGGUUCCCGUCAUCGAUGCGAUAGGGUUGGUUGGUGAUUUCAGCAAGAUUGCCGGGUGCUUCACGUCGAUGGGCGCCGACGUGAAGAAGAUCGUCGACGAUAAGCUGAAAUCCUUCACGACUUGCAAAUCUGGAAAGGAGGCGGGUGAUGCCAAGUGCUCCGAGGAUGGAUCUUCGGUGGGAGGUCAAUUCGAUCAGAUAACUUCGAAAAUCAAGGAAUGCGUUUCGUCCAAAGGGAAGGGGAAAUGAAUUAGACAUGAAUUGAUCAACUAA